AAAUCUACCCAAACGCGUUUGUCAUCGAAGAUAAAGAUAACAAAAUAAAUGUGAAUAAACUGACUUCAAAGUGUCGUUCUAUUAUACGCUACUAAAUACUUGAAAAAUAUAUACGCUCUUUAAUAUGCGCGAUAAAUGUAUUUGGAGCUACUUACUUCUUCUUUUAUACUACUUAUUCAAUACCGUUUGUCUGGAAUGCAUUAUAACCGGAAGUUCUGUAGAAGACGAUGCAACUUCAAAUCGUUACAAUACACAUUAUCAACAGCAGGAAGCAAACGGAAAAUUACUCAGCAUGCACAUAAGAACAUCUCCCAUGCCUAUGGCAACAACUCCAGCACCUUCUGGACCAUUGCACAUUAUGCAUGACGUUACUUCACUGUCUAAUACGGGAAGUGGAGAAAAUGUUCCACACAGCGAUCAACAACAUCAUAGAAGCUCAUACAACCUUCUAAGUGAAGCCAUGUCACAGGCGGUCAGCAACGAGUACAGUUCUUCAUCAGAUGCAACAUGUAAUGCAGAUGAAUUUGAUUGUGAAAACGAAAACGUACAAGAUCGGCUUGGAAUGGAGGCUAUUGCUAGUUUGCAUCGCCAAUUAGAUGAUGACGAUAAUGGAAACAUUGACUUGAGCGAAUCGGAUGACUUUCUACGUGAAGAACUUAAGUAUGACUCCGGAUAUGAAAAACGACAAAAAGCAUUUCAUUUCAAUGAUGAUAUGCAUAUUUCUGUAAAGGAACUAUGGGAUGCUUGGUUGCGCUCAGAGGUGCAUAAUUGGACCAUUGAGCAAACAACCGAUUGGUUGUCACAAUCAGUUCAGCUGCCCCAGUAUGUUGACCUUUUUAAACUACACAAAGUUACUGGUGCUGCUUUACCAAGACUGGCUGUAAAUAAUCUACAUUACGUGAGCAAUGUUUUGGGUAUAAAAGACCCAAUACAUAAGCAAAAAAUUUCGCUUAAAGCUAUGGAUGUUGUUCUCUUUGGACCGCCUCGAGAAACGGGUACUCGCUGGAAGGACUAUAUUCUUGUCACUCUUUUAUUGAGUGCUAUAAUAGGAUGUUGGUAUGCUUAUCAGCAAAAUAAAAAUGCUAAGCGACACUUGCGUCGAAUGGCGCAGGACAUGGAAGGACUACAACGGGCAGAACAAAGUCUGCAGGAAAUGCAAAAGGAAUUAGAACUAGCUCGCAUGGAGCAGGAAAAUGUUGCAACGGAAAAAAUGGAUCUUGAAAGGCGGCUUAAAGAAGUGCCUUCACCGAGUUCGUCAAGCUCAGAUCUAGAGGUACAGCAAUUAAAAAAAGAAAUUGAGAUGUUACGCAAUGAAUUAACUCGUGCUGAAUACGAGUUGGUGGAUAAUUGUUGGACCCCACCCCAGCAGUUGCAGUCAUGGCUACAAUACACAUAUGAGUUAGAAAGCAAGAAUCAUCAAAAGAAACGUAUUUCUGCGGAAAAGCAACUUCAAUCCGCACGGGAAGCAUGUGAAAAGUUACGUAAAAAGCGAUCAAGCUUGGUUGGCGCGUUCGUUUCAACGCACGGAAAGAGCAUUGAUGAUGUUGACCGCUCUAUUGUUGAAGCACGUAAUGCUCUUGGAGAAGUAACUAACGAAUUACAAGAGCGCCUUCAACGUUGGAAACAAAUAGAAACAUACUUAGGAUUGAAUAUUGUCAACAAUAACGGAUUAUCUUACUUAGAAAAUGUCCUUUAUGGUCGUAAUGGUGGUAUUAACAGUAUUGUUGGUGUUAAUUCCACAAAAGGAUCUAGAGCAAGGAUCUCUUGCAGCACCGACGAUCUAGACGAUGAAUCAGUCCAAGGUAAGAUGCAUUUUGAGAAUUUUUCACUGCUUGCAACGGAGUAACGUUGUUACGUUUGACUGG